AGUUCCACGACUGACAGCGAGUAGAAAAAAGUGCGAGUUUCGUGAGGAAAUUUUCACGUCGCUCAGCAAAAUUUCAAUUAGUUUUAAUUAAAGUUAAUGUAUAAUUUAUUUAUAUUUUUCCACAAAAACAAUAUCAAUUCUAUUCAUCGGAUUUGUGCUCGGUUUUCGCCAUGUCGUACAAUAUAGACGAAAUGGGAUGGUCAGAUGUGCGGAAUAUUUUCCGAAAGUGGCGUGAUGAUAAUGAGCGGAAGAGCGAGGAUGUGAUUCAGCUGUGGGAUGCAAUUCUGUGCGACAAGCAGACCAAACUGGGCAACGAACGUCACUUGGUUCUGGAACAGGUGAUGAUUGCGGCGCUUGACUGCAACCGAAUAGACACGGCCGAGGAUUGCAUUCGGAUACUGACGGCUGAGUUUCCAGGAAGCUUGCGGAUUCAAAAGUACAAGGCCAUGCUGCUGGAAGCGCUGGAACGCUAUGACGAUGCGCUGGACGUACUGGAACAGAUUAUUAAAAAGGACGAAACCAACGCGGCGCCUCGGAAGCGAAAAGUGGCCAUUUACAAGGCUCAGGGCAGAACCGCCGAUGCGAUCCGAGAGCUAUGCGACUACAUGAAGCGGUUCAUGUCCGACCAGGAAGGAUGGCACGAACUGUGCAGUUUGUAUUUGGCCGAAGGGGAGUACGCCAAGGCGGCCUUCUGCAUGGAGGAAGUUUUGCUGCACAAUCCGCACAGCCACUUGAUCCAUCAGAGGCUAGCGGAUAUCCGCUAUACUAUGGGUGGCCUCGAUAAUAUUGAAAUCGCCAAGUCGUACUAUUGCCAGGCUGUUAAGCUGAACAACCAAAACUUGCGAGCACUUUAUGGUUUAUUUUUGUGUUGUGGACACAUAGCCAACUCGAAGGCGCCUCUCAACAAACGUAAGGAAGCCCAAAAGUUGGCGCAAUGGACGAUCGCUCAGAUCCAGGCGAAAACGGCAACCCCAGCUGCGGCCCUUUCGUCGAAGGCCGACAAGUCGACGGGAAAGCAACCCAAAGAAGACGUGGCCGCCCUUGAACAAGCCUUCGGGGGAUUGGAUAUUGCCAAAGCGAAUUGACCAACUGACGACGGCCCGAUCGUCAAUAUCAUUAUUAUCUACACAGCUACUCUAGCGUACUGUUUCAAUUCACAACACCCGAUUCGCCUUUCGUAUUUCAGAAAUAUCUACUUUAGGUUUUAAAUCUUUUCAUUGUACAAUACGACCGAUUCUCACUGAUUAAUGCAGGAGAUUGAAGAAGGGAUUUUUAAACUUAUAUAAACUGCAUCGUAAAAUGGUAAAAGUUCUGCAUUUCUUUUACUGCACUUGUGCAAACCACUUUCCAUUUUCUGGGUUACACUAAGAUGCAACAUAAGUGAAUAUCACGGCAACCGGUGUUUUCAUACACGGCGGAAACGGUAUUUAAUGAAUGAAAGUUAGUAUAACCUAUAAUGUAAUGAUAGCCAUUUGAACGUUUAUUAUGCAAAUAAUACCCGGUAAAUGUUAUCAUUUAGGAAAAAAUAAAUCAAACAUAAAAGGCAAACUAUAUACUUUUGAAUUAAGUUUAGCGGGUAGUGUCGCUGUGGUUGCAUGGAAGGUGAGUAGAAUCAAAGUUGAAUAAAUACGUUUUUGUCAACCCGAAAAA